AUGUCAACACAGGAAGAGAUUGAAGCCCGUGAGGCACAACGUUUGAGCCGUGCUCUGUCUGGAAGAACUGCAGAGAAUAGAAUGAAGACUGCUGGCAAUCAGCCAGGCUCAAGAAUGUCAUGGGCACCAGUCCAGACAAAGGUUGCCCCAACCACACCAGUCAACUUCACUGGAGUCAAAGACAACUCACAGGGUGGCGUCGUCACCGACUCACCAUACGCCAACGUCGCCAACAUCUCCUACUCAGAGGAGAAGCUUCGUCAGGAGCAAGCCCGUCUCAAGAAGUGGGGCCUUGAAAUCGAUCAACAGCAGCAACAGCAACAGCAGCAUGAGACAGUGGAUUCGAGCGAGACUACCCCAUCGUUGGAGUCGUCGACACCAGUUGAGGAGCAGAUCCGCGUCGAGGAGCGUCGUCUGUCAAAGAUGGGACUGAGCUCAAGCAACUUGAUUGAGGACUACGUGUCACCAGCACCAAAGCCCGCUGUUGUCGACUCCCCUGUCGACAACACCUCGAUCGUCACCAACAUUGAUGGCGUCACCAACGAGGAGAAAGUGCGUCAGGAGCAGAAGAGAUUGGAGCGCUGGGGCCUCAAGAUUGGCGGAACUACCACCACUCCAACGACCACCACCGCCCCAGUGGUCGCUGCACCAGCACACACUCCAGCACCAGCCACCAGCUCGCCAUUCGUUGGCUCGGACGCCAAGUCCGUCGCCACACAAUACGGCCUAGACCUCAAGACCGUCGUUCUGCCAUUCUUGGACCGCAUCGUUGCCGCUGCCAAGGCAGUCAAGUUGGUGCUCCACAAGAAGUCGACCAACUACGACGUUGCCAACGCCGUCCUCCUCGACCUGGUCCAGGAGUCGACCUCCUUCGCGCUCAACCUCACUGGCGACCUGCCAAUCUCACAUGACAUCUCACAGGCCGUCGGCAAGCUUGCAGGCCUUGUCAACGAGUCCAUCAAGGGUGAGCCCAGCAUCAAGCUCUACGAGGACAUCCAGACCACACUCGGUCUCCUCUAUCUUGGAGUCACUGCCAACUAA